AUACCAGUUUAAACCGUUAUAUAUAACAUAAUAAUACCAAUUUUAUACCUGAAGUUUAUUAGAAGUUAUCGUGGUAAAUAAGUAUACUACAAUACGACACGAGUGUGCAUGGAAGUGAGGUUAGGUUUUCUAGCAAAAUAUUUCUUAAAUAUAUUUACAAUAUUGUGGAUAGAUGAAAAUAACCAGAUAAAUGUGUAAUUUUUGUUAAAUAGAAAAAUAUAGAUAUAUUGUGAUUGAUUUUAUAUAAUAGAGUUGUGUGUUAGUGGAAACUGCAAACAUGAGAAUGGCCAGCAAUAUAAUUAGGGAGCGAUGUAACGAGCUCGUCCUAUCAAAUGAAAAACUUAAAGAAAUAAUGGUUCGAUUAGACACCGAAAUUCAGAAAGGUCUCUCUCGAAAACAUCAUGACUCGGCAAUCGUGAAAUGCUUCAUCACUUACGUCCAGAACUUGCCAAACGGCGAAGAGAGAGGCAAAUUUCUGGCUUUAGAUUUAGGUGGUACCAAUUUCCGAGUGCUUCUGAUAACCUUGGGAGAAAACCGUGAAUUUCAAAUGGCGUCCAAAAUCUAUGCAAUUUCAGAAUCAAUAAUGACGGGAUCAGGAGAUCAGCUAUUUGAUCACAUAGCUGAUUGUUUAGCCAAAUUUAUUAAGGAGCACAAAGUUGAAGAAGAGACACUACCUCUCGGUUUCACAUUUAGUUUCCCAUUAAAACAAAUCAGUUUGACUAAAGGCUUAUUGGUUAGAUGGACGAAAGGUUUCAAUUGUUCAGGAGUUGUAGGGCAAGAUGUAGUUACCCUUCUCAAAGAGGCUAUAAAGAGACGCGGGGACAUUAAAAUCGAUGUGUGUGCCAUUCUGAACGACACGACCGGAACACUGAUGUCGUGCGCUUGGAAAAAUACCAAUUGCAGAAUUGGGCUCAUUGUCGGUACUGGUACCAACGCCUGUUAUGUAGAAAAUUUAAGCAAAGCCGAAUUGUUUGAAGGCGACUCAAGCGGCGAUAGAGUUCUAAUAAAUACUGAAUGGGGCGCAUUUGGAGACAACGGCGUCCUAGAUGAUGUCAGGUCGCAAUACGACAUUGACGUCGAUGAGCAUUCCAUCAACCCUGGCAAACAAUUAUUUGAAAAAAUGAUCUCAGGCAUGUACAUGGGUGAACUAGCAAGAUUAGCCAUUGUAAGAUUUGCUAAAGAAGGUCUUUUAUUUGAUGGCAAAUUAUCCAGUAUGCUUAUGAAAAGGGGCAAUUUUUUUACAAAAUAUGUUUCGGAGAUAGAAGCAGAUGGUCCAGGCCAAUAUGCCAAUUGCAGGGAAAUUUUGGAUGAAUUAGGUCUAUCUUUUGCAACCAAUGAGGAUUGUAAAUGCGUGCGAGAAAUUUGUGAAUUGGUAUCCCGAAGAGCAGCCGAUUUGGUCUCGGCGGCUGUAUCAACCCUUAUUUGCAGAACAGGUGAAACAAACGUCAUUGUGGGCAUAGAUGGCGGUGUUUAUAGGUACCAUCCGCAUUUUAGGGAUCUUAUGACGAACAAGAUUGGUGAAUUGUUACCAGAAGGGAUCCAGUUUGAUCUAAUGCUGUCACAGGAUGGAAGUGGCCGGGGGGCUGCAUUGGUUGCAGCGGUUGCUUCGAGAACAUAACAAAAAAUUAAGUUUAAGUCAAAUAGAAAUUAUGAUGAGG